AUGGUACUAAAGAAAAGCAAAUAUGGGUACAACAGAGGUAGCACAUUUUGCUACCUGUGUCGCAAUAGGGAUGUGAAAGAAACAGGAAAGAUCUAUAAAUUCAUGUUUGGUAACGGACAUGACGAAGGAAAUCAAUUAGAAGUGAGCAGUACACUGAAACAAUAUUUACCAGAUGGUGGAUUGCAGCACAACUUGAAUUAUGAAAAGGUUGGCGAGGUUUAUUCUCUCAACAAGAGGAAAAGAUGGACUUUACCUCACACAAUUGUUGAUGUUAUUGAUAAUGGGGAAGUAGAAAACUUGGACUUAAGGUUGGUGAUGCACGAACGAUCCGCCGUCCCGUUUCGGUUUGCAUGUUAUUCUGCUGAAUGUGAAGUCAAGGCGAGUACGUUAUCAUACCAUGAUAGCAAAUACAGAGUACAGCAUAUGUAUCCCAACAGUAGAGUGUCGUCCCUAACUGAUCUGAAACUGAAUUGUCACACGAUACACCACGUGUCAAGAUUGGAGGAUAAUACGGCAAGUGACAGUUCCAAACGAUCUGGUAAAACACAUACUAGAGGGAUACAGAGGCGUAUACAACCAACUAUGCCAGAACAGAGCUAUUUCCACUAUUGGAGAAGGAAUCAUACUUACUUCAGAGACGUGAUGGAGGGAAAUUAUCACCACAUCAAGGUACCUGAGGUUCGUUAUGAGAUCCACUACCCUGACGUCUUUGACAGAUACUGCAAAUGUCCAGGAUACAGAGGUCACAGUGGAUAUUUUCCGCAGAGUAAAGAGAAAAACAUAAAACGGUGGAAAACGAAAGGAUGUCGAUCCAAACCCAAGAUACAACAACAUUUCAAAGGCAUUGAUCACGUCGAAAAGCGUUUCUAUGAAUUCGAUUACAUCAAGGAAUUAGAAGCGGACGUCGCUGAUAUUACCAUAGAAAACAUGGACGAUGCUAUGUUACAAAGCGAGGACAAUCUCGUUGUUCAACGACGAACACUAACGUUUGGUGAUUUUUGUGUUAUUCAGAAUCGGCCUCUCAAAAGAAACCGGUAUCAUAAAUCUAUUGACAUCAAAAGGAAGACAAGUUACUUUCACCAUACAAAACAAUACAAAGGUGCAUCAAUUAUCCACGAUGCACAACUCAGCAGAAAAGGCAACUGUAUAUUUAUUGAUACCCCAGUGAAGGUUUGGAAACAAGAGGAACUGCAACAAAAUGAAGAGUCAUCAGUUGUUGACUUCGGUAACGACGUCAUUAGCAAUGUUGUCGGCGGAAUCGACACGACAUAUCUAUCACUGAGUAAAAAUGACUUGGAAGAUCAAUUUUGUAAAUGUAUUAUUGAUAAGGAGAGUGUUCAGGACAUGGCAGACAUGGCAGAGUCUUGCGCAAAUUGGGACUUACAAGUUAGCAACUGUGUUUCUCAGCAACUCAUUUUGACCCUGAAAGGGGAAGCAAUGAAUGUUCUCGUGAUACUUUGGCAAAUGUCUGGAUGGUCGUCUAGUUCUGAUCAAGCGGAAUAUUGGGUAAAACUGCAGCUCGAAACUGAUGGAAAUGUUGUUGACAUGAAAACUGAUAAUUUAAAGUCCAAACUUGCCCAGAAGAAAGGCUCUACUUCAUCACUUGACCACAUAGUAGAAAUAGCGAAUGCGGCAGCUAUAUAUCAGACUUUGGAACAUCACAGACAAGGAGAUGGAGAUGGUAUCCCACCGUACGGUCAUCUUGCCACUUCAAUUGCCAACCCUCCUUGUGCUGUCAUGUCUGUACAUGAAGCAUACCGGACUCUUCGAGCAGGAAAGAAAGACAUCUUGCAGUCAUUUGGGCUAGUCAACACGAUACCUAUCUCAUCAGAAACAAGGGUGUGUGAAACAUGUUUAUGCGAAUCUGAGGACCCACAGGCGGACGGUUGUACUCUACUAAUCUGUCAACACUAUUUCUGCCUUGAUUGUUGGCGAAGGUACAUACUAACAAGGAUAAGGGAAGGAACAAUCAACAUGCCUUGUCAGGCAUUCGAGUGUAAAGAAGUUGUUAGUGACGUAUUGGUCCGUAUUCUAAUGCCAUGUGACCUGACAAACCAAUGGAUGAAUAGGAAAAAAGAACGGGGGCUGGAGAGUUCACAGGCAUGUCAUUGGUGUCCAACAGCGUCCUGUGAUAAAGUUGCCCUGGUGGCAAGCACCAGCAGUAGGUUCAUAGACGAAAAUAUUCCUGUCAUUUGCGCCUGUAACAGGACUUGGUGUUUCUCCUGUCAAUCCGAUGUUCACUGGCCGGCAACCUGUGACCAGUACUCAGACUAUCGUAAGAGACUUGCCCAAAAUGGCCAUAUCGAGGGAGGUAAAAGACCGGCGGAAUCUGCUGAAUAUUACGUCCACGUAAAAAAAUGUCCACAAUGUCAUUACCCUAUAGAGAAAAAUGGCGGCUGUACGCAAAUGACAUGCGUAUGUUCACAUGUUUUUUGCUGGGAAUGUCUUCGAAAUAUCAGCAGCCACAUCGACGGAGUACAAUGUAGAGACAACGCAUCUAAUUUGAUUACCAUGUCUUUGGAUGACAUACAGUUACGCAACAUGCACACCAAGUUUUAUGAGAAAUGUGUCGAACAUCGGUACCAAUGGAAAAAGACAUUCUCAAAUCUUGCCAUUGAAAAAAAAAUUAAAAGAUUUGAAAAUUCAACAUCAUACAAGAUAAAGACGUAUAAGAAAGAUUUCAAUUCAGAUGAACUUUCAAACGAAUCGUCAACUAUGGAACUUAGGUCUAACUACGUUUUCCUCAGAGAGGUGCACAUACUACUGGAGAAUCUGCACGUGAUGUUAUCAUAUACACCACGGCGCAAGAAUCGGUGCGGAGUUCCUCUCGAAUGCUUAGAAUUCUGUAUGUCCAGACUGGAACAUAUACUAACCCAGACCAAUUUACGUGAGGAUGAUUUGCGAAGAGCACGUAGGUUACGCACAUCCAUAAUAGGAAUCUUGCGGACAUUCCCGUACCUGGCUUCCAUCAUCCAGAAUUCAGUUGACAAUCAAAGAAGUGCCAAGCCUCUUAUCAACAUUGCCACCAGUUCAUCGUAA